GGAAAUGGGGAAGAAAAAAAGAAAAACACACACACACACACACACACAGCCGAUGACGACUCGACUCCACCUCAUGAUGCCGUUCAGCAACAGAUGAGCAACAACGGUUCAUGUUCAUUUUCGGGGGCGAGCGUCGCCGUCGAGGGACUACUUCUGACCGCGUGACGCGCGGCAGGGUCGCGGUGCUCCCCUUCCGUCUCGGCACCGUCGCCUGGGCAGUUGUUUUCUACCCCCCCACACCACACACACACACACACACUCCCCACCCGGUCUGAACCGCGUGUGUUGUAGCUGGCGAGGACUUUCUCCUCCUCCUUCUUGUCCUCCUUCUUCCCCCUCUCGGCUGCCGCGGGGGUCGCCGCUAUGGACGCCGCUAUGGACGCCGCGCUGUGGGUGGUUCCGCUGCUGCUGCUGCCGCUGCUGCUGUGGAGCAGCAGCAGCUUCGUGUUUUAUUUCAAGAAGUGCUUCUACGUGGGCUGGAUGAUGGUGCUGGCGCUGGCGGCGAUCCCGAUGUGCAUCGCGAAGAGCGGCGGCAGGGACGUGGAGAACAUGCGGAUUAUCCGCGUCCUGGUGCGCCACGUGAAGUACUUCCUGGGUCUCCGGUUCGAUGUGAGCGGUUGGGAGCAUCUGCAGACGGAGGGGCCUUACGUCAUCAUCUCCAACCACCAGAGCUCGCUGGAUGUUUUGGGCCUGAUGGAGGUCUUACCGGACCGCUGCACCAUGAUCGCCAAGAAGGAGUUGAUCUACGCCGGCACAGUCGGUCUCAUUUGCUGGCUGGGCGGCAUCGUCUUCAUCAACCGCAAGAAGACGAGCGACGCCAAGAGCGUCAUGGCGGACGCCGCCCAGACCAUGUUGGACGAACGGAUUCGUCUGUGGGUGUUUCCAGAGGGAACGAGGAACCAGAGGGGCGACCUGCUGCCCUUCAAAAAAGGGGCUUUCCACCUGGCAGUGCAGGCACAGGUACCCAUCAUACCCAUCGUUUUCUCCUCCUACAACAGCUUCUACCUACGGAAAGAAAAACAGUUCAACUCGGGGACCAUCAGGGUGAAGAUCCUCCCGAAGAUCGAGACGAAGGGGAUGACGUUGGACGACGUCGCCUCCCUCUGCGACGAGUCCUUCAACGUGAUGCGCUCGGCCUUCCUGAACAUCCCCGACUCCAGAACCCAGAGCAACGGGCCGCUGAGGCGCUGAACAUUUACCUUGCCCACCCCCCCCCCCCC